CGUAGAGUGCGAAUGACACUUGAAUUCAUCCCUAUAUCACUCACUCAUGGAUACCGAGAAGCGGUCUGUCGGUCCGUUCACUGCUGCAGGUGUGUGUGUAUCGUACCUACAAGAGAGAGAGGGAGUCUGCUGGCCGGGCCGCUAGGUAGCUAAGCUCCUGGUUCGGCGUCGCGUACGGUGACGGCGUCAUGGAUAAAGUUGUAGAGCUCCUUUGCGUUCUUGCUGCCGAUCAGCUGGGUCAGCUCGUCCAGACCCAUCUUUGCCAAAUCCGCCAGACAUGACACCUGCACCACCCCGACCGACACACAUACACACACAUAGCGAGGGAGGGAUAACCAUGCCCUCACUCCACUCCACUGCUGGCAGUCGUACCUACCGCGUUGACGAGCCUCCGUUGGUUGUGGCCCGUCACGCCCGGCAUCUUGCGUAGCAGAUCCACAGCUACGGUGUUGUCGGCGCUGUCAGGCGAACGAUUCUUCCUCGCCGAACCACCACCGGCAGGAGCACCACCACCACCACUGCCAUUCACCGCGCCACUCGCCUGGGGCCCGUCUGAAGCAGCUGCUGCUGCUGUUGCUGCUGCCGCCGCCGUCCAGUCGUUGUCUACGGGGCCGUCCUCCGCCUCCGCCUCUGCCUCUCCUGGCUGCUUCUUGCCGUCCAUAUCGACGUCGGUGCCAUUGUUGUGGUUGCUAUGGGGCUCUGCGGGAGAGGGUGUGUCGUCUUCCUCAUUGCCGACCCUGGAUGCGACCUGGAAGUCAGGCUGCUCGCGGUUGGCCUGACAAGACAGAGAUCGAUCAAGGUGUGACGUCUGCAUGGGGUGGGGUGGUUGGGCGACUGACCUUGAGUUUGAUGAACAGGUUGGCGGUGAAGUGGCAGUGGGGCGACCAGAUGAGGCGCAGUGUCGGGAAGUGCAGCGUCAACAGGAUCAACCUGGCGAUAUCAGGCAGACGGACAAACAGGCAGGCAGACAGACAGGCAGAAGGCACGGUGAUUUCUCUCUCUCUGUCUGUCUCUGACGUGUUUGUGUGUCUUGCCGACUUUUCGAUGAUUUUUUGUUCCUCGAUGGUUCUUCCGAUCUGUUGGUUCCUGAGAGCGAAGCCCCGCCGCUCGUCGAACUCUAUCAGCAGCGUCGGGUGGCUGUAGUAGCGACGCAUCUGCUCGGCCUGAGCGAAUGCAUCCAAUGCACCGACAGCACAGCGCAACACACGGGCUCGCUGGCGGCCUUUGGGCGCUCCAUUCCAGUGUGCAGAUAUUCACCUGGUGGUAUAGCCUCCCCGAGUUGAUGGAGCUGAUCAGGUCAGGAAGAGCCUUCCGCUCCACACACAUGUGCCUGACACAACACAACACGACACGACACUUGUCCAUCCAUCCAUCCAUCCAUGCACCUAUUGGCCGACUCACUUGGAGAGCACAUAAUCGCCGACAGUGAGUGUGAUGGGGUAGACGCUCAGCCCCUUGACAAACAGCUCAUACGGCAGCGAGGAGCGGAACUCGCGCAUGUCGACCACGACGACAGGACGGAUCUGCUUGGCGAGCUCGGCGGCCCUGGCAGCCCCCCCGCCGCCCUGGCGCGUGUUGCCCUCGGCCGCCAGCUCGAACAGCAGCCUGUCGUCGGCUGUGGUGAGCUCGUCGACCGGCACGAUCAGGUGCUCCUUCUGACGCAUCAGCGACUCCCACGCCUGCUUCUCCUUCUGUGGAGAGAGAAAAAAAAUGGAUGGAUGCCGGUGGGGCGGGGGAUGUUGCCUAGUUAGUACCUGGAGAGCGUUCUUGAACUUGUACUGGUCGACUGAAUUCUGGUCGUACCACAGCAUGUACACCUGCAGGCCACCCCACCCCACAGACACGAAGAGAGCGAGCGAGAGAGAGAGACCCCCAUUCCUCCCUCCCCCCACCCUCGCCCUCGCCCCUACACUCUCCCUCACCCCCACCGACCGACCUUCAGGUCCUUGCCCACGAUGAUUGCAUCGUCCUCCCCACCACCACCACCAGCAGCAGCACUACUCGCCUCCCCCUCUCCCUUCUCCACAUCCAUGACGUCAUCACCGUCACCAUCCUCCGUCCGGUCGGGGCGCCCUUCCUGCUUGACGGCAGCGGCCAUCCUCCGCUGCCGCCUCUCAGCCUUGUUCCGCUCGUGUGCGUGGUAAAGCUCGGCGCAGUAGAGCUCGCUGGCCCGGAUGAGGGGGAUGUCGGCCUCGUAGAUGACCACACAGUGGGGGCGGAAGGCGCGAAGGGACAACUCGUACAGACCUGGUAUGAGAAACAGACACAGGCAGAUGCGCACAGGGGGGAAAGGCCGAAGGUCGCCUGUGUGUCUGUGUGUGAGGGUGGGGGUGGGGGUGGAGGAGGAGGCUGGCUGGCUGGCUGCCCGGCUCACCUCACUCACCGUCGUAUCUACUGGUGGUUACGAUGGACACGUGUGGCGUGACAGGCAUGUUGUUCUGCCGGGCGAGCACCGCCAGCACCUCGUUCAUCUCAUCCUCACCCACAUCACGGCUGGAAGGAAGGGGUGGGGACCACACACAAAGGACAGACACGACACACGGGCAGGAAGAAAACUAACUUGCUGUCGUCUGUCUGUCUGUCUUUGUUCUUUACUUGGGCACGACGUUCCUGAGUAUGGCCACCUGCUCCGUGAGCAGCUCCAGCUCCAUCCGCUGGGCAGCUGACAUUUGGGGAGCACCACGACGACCACCACCCCCAGCACCCCCAGCAGCCCCUGCAGCCGCGGCUGAUGCUGCUGCAGGGCCGCCACCGCCCUUGGCAAAACCCUUUCGCUGCCUGAAGACCAUCACACCAUCACCCACACCACACCACACCACACCACACAUAUCGGUAACAUAUCGGUAGGUGUUGGGUGCGGGUGCACCUACUUGUCCUUAGCGGCCUGUUGUCGUUUCUUCUGGUUGUGGCUGGUGAGGUAGUGGAGUAGUGACCCCUGCAGCGUGGGCACAGCGCCCUCAGUCAACACCUGACGACCAAUCGGUCGGAUAUAUCGAUGAAGAGGGAGGCACAUGAGAGAAUGCCACGCCACGGCCUCCUGCACUGCACUGCACUGCACUGCCUGACCUGCAUGAGCUGCCUACGGGUGACCUCUUCGUUGACGGCCACCAAUAUGCGAUACGUCGGCCUGUCGUCCGCCCCAUCCUCCCCGCCGUCCAUCUCUAUCACGUCAUCACCGUCGCUAUCCACAGCCACCCCAGCCGACACUCCUCCCUCUCCGUCCACACGCCGCCUCUUCUUGCGCUCCUCACUCAGCCGCCCGGCCUCACCCACAGCAGCACCACCACCAGCCGCAGCAGCCGGCCUCUUCUCACCCACAGCCGCAGCCGCCGACGACGCUCCCUCGCCACCGCUCUCUGCCUCUUCUCCUUCCUCCUUCUCCCUCUGUUGGAUUCUCUUGAGCUUUGCGACGACGCUGCCGGCUGGGGGCGUCUGGGUGAGCAGCUUCAGAAGCGACUCCCACUUAGGGGUCACCUCGAGCACCAGGUGCAGGGAUGACGUCCUCUUGGGCGGCGGCGGGGGCUUGGGCUGCCCGGCCUGCUGCUGCUGCUGCUGCUGUUGUGGGUCGGGGCGGCUGGGGCCACUGUUGUUGUCUGGUGGGCUGGGGGUGGGGGAGGGAGAGGGAGAGUGGGUUGGUGAUGGGGCUUUGGUGCGGACGACCUGGUACACUCUGAUUGAUUGAUAAGGGACACGGAAGACGGAGAGAAUGGAUGGGGUUUUGUGUUUUCGUGUGUGUUUUCGUGUGUGUGGUCGCCCGUGCCUUUCUUUGGCGAGUUUGAAGAUGAGGUCCGCCUCGGUCGUCCCCAUCCACCCACUGCUGCUGGACUGGCGGACGGAUGCACACACAAACGUACAAGAAGGUCAGGCCGCUCUCCCCAUCUCUCCCUCCCUCUCGUCUGUCUGUCACCUCCCUCACCCACAUUGCUCCACCCACCUCACCCACCUUGCUUGAGUCGUGAAGGCUCUCGACGUACAUGAAGAACGUGACGGCGUCGUAUCUGAGCAUGUAGUGGAGCAUCUUCCUGACCUCCCCGAUGGCCUUGAUGAGCGACUCCACCUCCGGCCCCAGCUUGUUCCACACGGGAUCGCACUUGUCCCGCAGCUGCACCUCAAACGCCUUGAACAGGCAGUCACCCACCGUGGCGAUGCCCUCCAGGUCGACCACCUUGUUGCGCUUGAGCUUCUCCAGGCCGCCCUGCAGCAGCUUGACCACGGCAUGCUGCAUCGAGCGCACGCUGUCCGUCAGAGGCAGCUGCACCUCCUCGGUGUCAGGCUCAGCCAAGCCGCCCAGGGUGUGGCUGACGUCAGAUUGGAUGCGGGGAAAGAGGUGCAGGCGUGUGACGGCGAGGGCCUUCAUGACCUUCUCGACGGCUGCAAAGCCUCGCAUGAGCAUCUCAGGGCGGUCGGUGAGGCCCUUGAUGAAGCCCCGCUUGUUGCGCUUGCGGAAGAGGCGAAUAAUGAAGGCCUCGUUCCAGCGGUCCGUCAGGGUGUGGGCGUGCAUCACCAGCAGCCCGUCAAUCAUCUCGGGCGGCAGCUUGUUCAUCAGCAGGUCCGUCACCAGAAUCUGCGACGACACCAGGAAGCACCCGCCCUUGGCGUAGAGGUCGCUGCGCUCGCCCUUGUCGGUCUCGGCGGCGAUGGCGUAGAUGGGCAUGCCGAUCCCGCCCUCCUGCGCCACUCGCCGCUGGAACACCGUGGUUUCCUCUUUGCUCGCCAGGUUGAGCAGGAAAAUGAGUUUGUGGGCGCAGCCGAAGGAGCGGAGGUAGUGGAUGGCCACCGAGUAGAGACCCAGGCCACGGGCGGCCACGACGAGGCAAUCGGACUCAUUCAGUCGGUCUACUAUGCGCUGCUGGAAGCCGAGAGCCGGACUUUGUUGCUGCCGACGCUCAGCCAUGCUCAGAGGGAGUCAAAUGGGCAUCUAUAGAUCAACGCUGUCGCAGCGGUCGGGAUGGUGUGAUCUCUCACCGCGGAGUCGCCUC